UCACUCCCUGCCCCUCCCCCUGCACACUUCCCAUAAUGCAAUGUGCUGGGAGGGCAGUUUGCUGCAGCAGAAGCAUAGAGCGGCUGAGGAAUAGAAGCCGCCGCGAUGUACGGAGGACGCGGGUCUCGGGAAUCGGCCGCAGAGGAGCUCCUCCCUUACGCCGUUUCACCCGAAAACCUUUUUAACCGCAAGGAGCCGGAUCUCACCGAAGUCAAAUACGAGGUGCAGGUUGAGAUAGAAGGACAGGAUCUUUCCAACAUGGCCGACACCAGUCCCACGGAGACCCUGCGGCCCUUUCAGUGCCUGGUGUGCGGAAAGGGUUUUGGUCACAAACACAACCUGGCAAAGCACCAGCGGGUUCACACGGGCGAGCGCCCGUACAGCUGCGAGCAUUGCGGCAAACGCUUCAGACAGAAGCAACAUCUCACCAAACACCUCCGGCUCCACAACGGGGAGCGGCCCUACAAGUGCCACGAGUGCGGCUGCGGAUUCAGCUUAAAGCACAACCUGACCACGCACCAAAGGAUCCACAGCGGCCAGAAGCCGUGCUCCUUCGCUCAGUGCGACAAGACCUUCAGCCGCCGGGAGAACCUGCUUAUCCAUAAAAAAAGUCACGAGAGGACAAGAGGAGCCGUCGGUGACGUGGAAGCGGGCCAUACGUCCACCCAUCCCCCCGGAGAGCAGGACUUCCUCACGGCAGACCUGCCGGCCCACCACAAAGCCGGCUCUCCGAGGAGGAGAGAACCGGCCGCCGUUACCAAACCGUUCAUAUGCCCCCAGUGUGGAAAACGCUUCGGCAACAAGCAGACCUUUGUCAAUCACUACCGGAUACACACCGGUGAAAGGCCCUACUCCUGCCCGCAGUGCGACUGGUCCUUCGUGCAGAAGCAGCACCUAACCAAGCACAUGCGCGUCCACACCGGUGAGAAGCCGUACAAGUGCAGCCAGUGCGGGGGCAGCUAUAGCACAAAGUACAACCUCUUCACGCACAUGAAGAUCCACAGCGGAGAGAAGCCGUACACCUGCAUCCACUGCGGGAGGGGGUUCAUCAGCCGCAAAACCCACCACUUACACCAGUCCAUUCGCUGCAGGAAAUUACCUCCGACGCCGGCUCCCCCUGGCAGCGUUCAGCAGAAUCCACCAGAAACACAACCGGAGCGUACUACGACCCCAAACAGCCACAACAAGAAAGGGUUCGUACAGUGGGGGCCGCAGUCUGGUCUGCCGACAUAUGACUGUAAUGUUUGCGCCAAAAUCUUCAAGCAUCGGCAGAGUCUAAUCAGACACCUGAGAAUCCACUCGGGGGAGCGGCCGUAUACCUGUCCCGAGUGCGGCAAGACCUUCAACCGCAAAGGAAUCCUCACAGUGCACCAAAAGACGCACCAACGCCAAGCCAUGCGUCAGGCCCUCAACGCACAGAUAAUGAGCCCAGGAGACUCCGCUGCGGAGUCAUCAGGAAUGAAUAUCCUGGAGCGGCGGCAUCAGGAGGAGCUCAGGGGCCCUCACCCAGAAGCCGGCGUCCACGCCAGUGAUCAACGCGUGAAAACAUUUAAGGAGAAACGACUCCUUACCAAGCGGCUGCCCAGAGCUGAUAAGCCGUAUACGUGCAACGAGUGCGGGAGAAGCUUCAGCCUCAAGUACAAUCUUCUUGCCCACAAGGGAUCCCACUCCGGAAAGGCCUCGUACCCCUGCACCAAGUGUCUGAAAAGCUUCAGCAGCAAAGACAAACUGCGCUCCCACCAGAAGCUGCACUUCAAUAAGUCCAUCGCGCUUCACGACCAAGGGACCAAACGCAUCCACGGUCGGCGCGUUUUCGUAUGUCCGGUGUGUGGAAAGACCUUUAACCAAAGAUUCACCCUCGUCAACCACCUGAGGAUCCACUCUGGAGAGAGGCCGUACUCCUGUCCGGUAUGCAAGAAAAACUUCACUCAAAAACAGCAUUUAACCAAGCACCAUCGACUGCACACCGGGGAGAAACCGUACUCCUGCCAGGACUGCGGUCGCACCUUCAGCCUGAAGCAUAAUCUGACCACCCACCGGAGGAUCCAUACCGGUGAAAGACCGUACGCCUGCGGCCAAUGCGGCAAGAAGUUCAACCGCCGCGGUAUCCUCCUCAUUCAUGAAAGAAUUCACCCCAAGCAGGAAGAGCUUACAGAGGAAGGCGCCCAGAUCGUUGUGGUCGUGGAGUAGGAUGGCAGAGAGGAGGCCUUCAAAGUGGAGGUCAUCUCC